AUGGCGGAGAACAUUGAUCCGCGACUGCAGCAAUUCAGCUCUCUGCCCCCGCGUUCUCUGGCGCAGCAGUCGUACACGACCGGUCCGGCGCAGCCACUGCAAAACAGCGCGACUCCAUACUACCUCCCCACACCAAACAAUGCGCCGACGCGGCCGAGCAACAUCGACCCGGCUUUCGAGCAGACAUCACCGACUGGUCCAGAAGAAUCGCACGACGAGGACGACCACGAUGACGGCGAUCUCGAUGGCAUUACGACCCCACCGACCCGAAAGCGCCAGAAGAAGGCCGACAGUCGAGUUGCCGAGCUAGAGCGCAAGAUCGAUGCAUUGACCGCCACCCUGCAUGCGCAAAAGGGUGCUCCAGAGCCCAGAAACUACCCGGGCAUGCCACAGUAUGAGGGUGGUCCCACACCAUACCCACAACCAGAGGGAGGUUUCAGAGCCGGCAGUAUAGUGCACGACUGGUCGAAUGCACCUUCGGCACAGGAGCGUUACCCAGACAUACCGCCCGGGUACGGUCCUGCCCAGAGCAUGCAACGUGGGCCGGAUAACAAGCGGAGGAAGCUGGUCGACGGGAGCAGUCAUACUGCCACAAUACCCGAAGAUAUGGACGCGGUUCACCGUGAUCUGAUUGAGCAUAUCGACAUGAAGCGCACCGGAAGGAAGGGCAUCCACACCGAUCACUCAAAUAUAAAUACGUUGAUCGAUAGUCUCAUGACUCCAGAAACCGCGGAGCGCAUCUUCCAGAGAUACGUGAACGAGAUAUGUCCGCAUUUUCCUGCAGUGCCCUUUCCGGCGGGUACCACUGCACGAGAGCUGAGGGAGAAGAAGCCGUUGCUUUUUCUGUCAAUUUUGGCCGGCUCAUCACACGGAGCUGCGGAACAGCUGGUUUCCCAGGACGUACAGCGUGAUCUCACUAAAAUCCUCAAGGACCAAUUUGCCGAUAUCAUCUGGCGAAAUGGCGAAAAGUCUCUGGAAGUGGUCCAAGCGCUGCAAGUCGGCGUGCUAUGGUACCGACCGCCACUGCAUUACGAGCAGCAUAACUUCUAUAUGAUGGUCAACUGUGCCGCAGUCAUGGCACUUGAUCUUGGUCUCGGGAGAAGGAACACACCAACUGUCAUGAAAUUAGCCGUGGGCCCUUUCCGUCGAUGUCACCCGAACACCAGUAGCAUCGAGUCACGCAGGACGUUCCUUGUCUGCUACUACCUCUGCAUGAGCAUCACCAUGGUACUCCGGAGACCAAUUCUGUUGCGAUGGACCAAAUAUAUGGAGGAAAGCGUGAAACUUCUCGAGACUUCUCCCGAGGCGCUUCCUUCGGAUAAGAUUCUCUGCCAGCACGUGAAGAUGGCGCAUAUCGGCGAGAACAUAUCUGUGCAAUUUUGCAUGGAUGACCCUUCUGUGGAGGUGGCUAUAUCAGAGCCCAAGGUCAUUUACGCUUUGAAAAUAUUCGAGAAUGAACUCCAACAACUUAGGGACGAUAACGCGUCUCUAUUCAAGGAUGUUGAUCCCGCUCUGCGACUUGCUGAGCAUGUUACGAAUCUGUAUAUGCACGAGAUUGCGUUACAUCACAAUCAAAGCCCUGCUGAUUUUCAGCCACCUUUUCCACAGGAAACAUUUGCCUCUGGUGUGUCUUCCAAGGAAGCUGUAGGCCCUGCUCAUAUCGGCGCGCUUGGCGAAUGUCUCACGGCCACGCACGGCAUUCUCGAUACUAUUCUCAGCGUGCCUCUCGACACCCUACUUACAUUACCUGUUAUUUUUUGCGUGCGAGCAAUCUACGCGAUCGUAUGCUUGAUGAAAAUGUGGGUAUCUGUUACGAGCUCGGGCGAAGUUGGGAACUUUAUCAACAAGGAUCUUCUGCAAAUCGAAGCCUACACCGAGCGCUUGGUCACAAUGUUCAACGCCAUAGUAUCUCGCGAUGCACAGUCCCCACAUGGCAAGUUUUAUUUCGUGGCGAAGCGAUUACAGGAGCGUUUCGCCCAUAUUAAGGAGGGGGCAUCGAAGACCGAGCAUUCGUCGGAUGGGAACGAGGACUCGCGCUCCUCGACUACCAAAUCGACGUCCAAGCCACGUUCGCGCCAAUCGUCCCAAAACCAGACACCCCUUCACCUACUCUCCGAGGUCGCAAUGGGAAGCAGCAACACCGCCCCUUCCCAACCCGUGUCCCAAGCCCCCUCCCAGCCGCAACAACAGCAGCAAGCGCAGGCUCAGAUGCAGCAGACACAGGCGCCGCCACAAGCAUUGCAAAGCUGGUAUCCAGGUAUGCCAAAUCAGCAGCUUGCGCCGGAUAUUAUGGGCAUGCCGCAGGGCAAUUUCGAUCCGAACUUCGACUUCACUCAGUUCGAUUUGAGCACGGGCUCGGACGCUGAUCUGAGUGCACUGUUCAUUCCUGACAGCAUGAUGUGGAACUUCCCACUGGGUAGUAUGCAAGGGUACGGUAGCUUCUAG